AUGUCUUCACCACCGCUCGCCGACUCUCCUCUCCGUACACCUCCGCCUCCUCAGCCCUUCGUCGCUCCCAUACACGAUCACACCCAGAUUGCCGACAACAGCCCACUACUUGACGAAGGAUACUCGGGCGACCGAUCUGACAGCGACAUGGCAUACGCCGCCAUGCAGCCUUCCGUUGCUUCGACGCCAGACAUGGACGCCGUCUUGCGGAGUGCCAUGAUGCUCUCGACAGAGAAGAGGAAGGAACUCGCAAUGUCGCUUGUACACACCAUGCCCAACGACUGUAAAGAAGACGUCCGCCUCCUCAUCGAGCGCCUCACCCACUUCGACCCCGCCGCCUACCUGCCCACCGAGAUCUUCCUCCACGUCUUCGACUACCUCUCACCCACAGACCUUCUUGCUACCUCCAUGGUUAGUCGCAGAUGGCGCGAUCGAUCCUUCGACGAGCGACUAUGGCAGCUAUGCUUCGCAAGGGAAGGCUGGGAGCUGGACAAGGGCGCAGUGGAGAGAUUUGUGGAGCAGGCACGAGACUACGGACAGAGGAAGAUGGAUGCGCGCUUAGACAGACAGCAGAGACGUGACAGAGCCACUGCCGUGCUGGAGAGGAGGGAGAGCAGGAAGAGGCGGAGAGUUGAGGCGUUUAGUGGUGAUCUAACGAGCGACAGCGAUUCUGCGGGUGGACUGGAUCUGGGUAUUCAGGAGGAUAGAGCUGAAGGGAAGACACCAUCUGACGUGGAGGAGAUGGACGGUUUGGAGCAGACUUCAACAGCCGGUGUUGAUCCAACAGCUUCGAAGCUGCCGGUAGAGAGCACCAUGAUUCUCUCCGAGGUGCUCAACCGGCGCUUCGACCCGUACAACUCCUACGACCUGAACAAGUACCGCAACAUAACCUUCCCACCAUCACCGGCAGACAUCAAGCUGCGACCGAGCGUCUUCCAGACCACGUCCGACCCGACCCUGCUCAAGCUCAGCUGGCCGUUCAUCUACAAGCAGCGUCGCCGCCUGGAGGCCAACUGGGACAAGAAUCGGCACAAGACCUUUCAGCUACCCCACCCGGACCACCCUGAAGAAGGCCACACUGAGUGCGUCUACACCGUCCAGCACACAUCUCGUUACCUCGUUAGUGGCAGCAGGGACAAGACCAUCCGGAUCUGGAAUCUACACACCAAUCGUUUGCGACAGAAACCGCUCAUAGGCCACGAAAAGAGUGUGUUAUGUCUGCAAUACGAUGAGCGCCCCGAGCAAGACAUCAUAGUCAGUGGCGGCAGCGACUCCGCCGUGAUUGUGUGGAAGUUUUCCACCGGCGAGGUCGUGAAGCAUGUCUCAGAAGCCCACACCGAGCCUGUCCUCAACCUCCGCUUCGACGACCGCUACAUCGUCACCUGCAGUAAGGACAAAACCAUCAAGCUCUGGUCUCGCCAUGCACUCGCCCGUGACUCCGAGCUCAUCCCUAUCGCCGCUCUUGCCAACUUCGCCGACCCGAAAGCAGGCCUCCUCGACUCGCUCACCCAUCUCAGCACGAUCAGAGGCCAUGGCGCAGCAGUCAAUGCGGUUCAGAUCCACGACAACACCAUCGUCAGCGCUUCGGGAGAUCGCACCGUCAUAGCAUGGAACAUCAUGACGGGCAAGCAAACACGCAUGUUCAAGGGCCACGCCAAAGGCAUCGCCUGCGUCCAAUUUGACGGCCGUCGCAUCGUCAGCGGGUCUUCAGACAUGACCGUCCGCAUCUUCGACGCCGGCACGGCAGCGGAAGUCGCCUGUCUCUCCGGCCACGCCAACCUGGUGCGCACGGUACAGGCGCGCUUCGGCGACCUCCGCACCACCUCCGACACCGACCUCGCCGCCGAAGCCCAGACCGCCGACCGCAACUGGCAGCGCGCCGUCGCCGCCGGCAUGGAGCCCGCCACCAGCCGCCGCGCCGCCUCCCGCAGCGCCGGCUCCAGCAGACCCGAGGACAUGCUCUCCCUCGGCGCGAAGGUCCCACCAGGUGGUGGCGGAAGCCGCUGGGCGAAGAUCGUGUCCGGGAGUUACGACGAGACGGUCAUCGUCUGGCGCCGCGACGAGCGGGACGCGGGGAACUGGGUGCAGAAAGUCGUGCUGAACCAGAACGAUUUGCUGCGGGAGCAGCAGCGUCGGCAGAACCGGAGAGCAGACGACGCUCAGCCCCAAAACCCCGUCUUCGCUCACCCAGGGGGCGCACCCGUCCAACCCGCUGGCCCCGCGGCCGCCGGUCUCCCCCACGCGUCCGCGAUGCCUGCGAUAACUCAGCAAGCCGCUGCAGCAUACGCACAACAACAACAGCAACAACAAGCACCACCACCACCACCACCCCAGCAACCACCACAGCAGCUUGGCGGCCACGCGCAAUUCAACCCCGCCGCCGCGGCCAACAAUGGCCGGCCGGCCGACAGCCAUCGGAUUUUCAAACUGCAGUUCGACCCGCGGAGGAUUAUCUGCUGUAGUCAGAAUAACACGAUUGUUGGGUGGGAUUUUGCGUGUGGGGAGCGGGAGUUGGAGUGGGUGGGGGAGUGGUGUGGGGAGACUGCUUGA